CGAAUAGUUAUCAAACACAUCACUAUGGUGAUGUCAAUUGUUCAGUUAAUGUACUUAUUACUUCUACACAGCGGCAGCCACAGUGAGUCUGCGCAAAAUUAACAUUUCCCUUUUUCAUAUGAACGAUCUAAUUUGGCUUAUACUGUACUGAGUCAUAUUGGGUGGGUGGAGUAAUUGUAUGACCAGAAGAUGGCGAGCGGGGUUGGAAAACACAAGUUGCUUGCCAUGGGGCCAACGGAGCCAUGGUCGGUGAGGGAGAAGCUGUGCUUGGCCACCUCUGUCAUGAAGAGUGGGGACCAGAACUGGGUGUCUGUCAGUCGAGCCAUCAAACCAUUUGCAGAGCCAGGACGACCCCCUGACUGGUUCUCACAAAAGCACUGUGCCUCCCAGUACUCAGAACUCCUGGAGACGACAGAGACCCCAAAACGGAAGCGCGGCGAGAAAGGUGAGGCGGUGGAGACGGUGGAGGACGUGAUCGUCCGCAGGCUCACGGCCGAGAGGAUCGAGGAGCUGAAGCGCUUGAUCAAAGACACACAGGAGAAGCACAGGAAGCUGAAGAAAGAGGCAGAGCUGAUCCAAGCCGGACACCUGGACUCCAAACUUGAGGAGCUAUCGGGAGAGAUUGUGCAGAAGGAGAAACAGGAACAGGACGAGGCAGACGUGAAAAGAAAGGCCAUAGAGACAGCCUAUCUAGCCAGACAGGCGGUGAAGAACACCCCUAAAAGAGUGCCCAGUGUGACCGUGCGCUCUCCCCCGGGGUGCGGCUCGCCAAGCCUCGAGUUCUGCCAAGGGGACACACCCCAGAGCACACCCGAGGACCCCAGCACCUCAGUGACUGCCCCAGAAGCAGCAGGGUUCAUGCACCUGACUGAAGCCUGUGGGCUGGUUGGUGCAGAGUCAGGCCUGGGCACUCUUCUGGAUGACUCCCCACAAAAGAAGCUCUUGGGCCAGAAAGCCACGCCACCACCAUCCCCUCUCCUCUCUGAGCUACUGAAGAAAGGCAGUUUCAUACCCACAAGCCCCAGACUGGUUGGAGAUGGUGACCUGCCUGGUAAUAUGACAAUAGCACAUGACCUACAGCUCACAGGCUCCAUUCUCCCUGGCUGUCUAGCAACAGGUGCCCCUACACUCUCUCGUCUGCUGGAGGCUGGGCCUCAGUUCUCAGCUCCGCUGGGCUCCUUGGCCAGCAGCACAGACUCCUCCAGUGCCCUUCUCACUGCUGCUGCACCCCCCACUAUGGACUCCCCCGCCUCACUACACACAGGCAGGGAUGAGGUGGAGGCCUCCCAGCCUGGCCCAGGGGAGGGGACAGAAGAGGGCCUAGUGACGGUGCCCUACAUGGGAGAUGAAUUGGACCUGGAGACAGUGGGGGACAUCAUCGCCAUCAUUGAGGAUAAGGGUGAUGAGAAUGCAGAGGCUCUGGAUGCGGCUGCAGUGGAGGCCGCUCUGUCCCUGUGUGAGGAGACUGGCCACGCCCUGUCUGGCCCCCCCUGGGAGCCCGGGCCCUUCAAGCCCCCUGAGUGUAACCCUGCCGCCCCCACACGGGCCCCACAAGCCUCCUCCUACUCCUCCUCCAUCCACGGCAGUCUGGAGGUGAAGAGGGAGAGACUGGAGAUACGGGGUGGGGCCUCUGCAUGUGACAGCCAGGACAUCUGUACCUCAGGGUACACACACCCCCUGGGCAUCAGUGGCCUUCCUCCCUCCUGCUCGUCUAUGAUGCUGGAGCACAGCCAGCCUAUUGGCGCUCGUCUGCAGCAUGGGGUCAUGGGCGGGGCCGAUGGGGAGGGAAGCCCUGUCUCUCCCCAUGCCACCAUCAAGUGUGAGAGUGAAGAGUGGACGCAGCAAGGAGCUAACACACCACACGCAGACUCUGAGGGUGGCCCCAUGACAAGAGAACACUCCAAGGAGGAAGAGGAGGGGGUGAGCGACGGAGAGGAGAGGAGUGCCUCAGAGACUAAAGAGGGCCUGGAUGGGGGGGAUGAGGAGGCCUACCUGUCUGAGGCAGAAGGGGAGACGGAGCUGGAGCCCCCAGCCAGUGAGAGUGAGGACAGCUAUAGUCUGCACACAGCCUCCUCCUCUCUGCAGCUGCACACCACUGCAGACUCUAUCCCCAGCAGCCCUGCCUCCUCCCAGUUUUCGAUGUGCAGUGAGGACCAGGAGGCCAUGCAGGCUCAGAAGAUCUGGAGGAAAGCCAUCAUGCUGGUAUGGCGAGCAGCCGCCAAUCACAGGUAUGCUAAUGUGUUCCUGCAGCCUGUGACUGAUGACAUUGCCCCGGGGUAUCACAGUAUUGUGCACAGGCCCAUGGACCUGUCCACCAUUAAGAAGAACAUUGAGACCGGUCUGAUCCGCACCACGGCAGAGUUCCAGCGGGACAUCAUGCUGAUGUUCCAGAACGCGGUGAUGUACAACAGCUGUGACCACGACGUGUUCCACAUGGCCCUGGAGAUGCAGAGGGACGUCCUGGAACAGAUCCAGCAGUUCCUGGCCACACAGCUCAUCAUGCAGACCUCCGAGUCGGGCGUCAGCGCCAAGAGCCUGAGGGGCCGAGAGAGCACCCGCAAGCAGGACCCCUCGGACAAGGACAGUGUCCCCAUGGCUUCUCCUGCCUUCCUUCUCUCUCUCUUUGAUGGGGGCACCAGGGGGCGCCGUUGUGCCAUAGAAGCUGACCUGAAGAUGAAGAAAUGAGUCGCAGGGAGCACCUGCAGAUGACUCUGGAUGGAGUACAACUGAUUGGUAUCCUCUAUCCAUGGUCAUGUCCCAGUUGAUGAAGGUAACGAAGUCUGGGUCAAUGUCGUUUCAUGUCCUCUCACUUCAACUGGACAUGGUAUGUCUGGCUGAGAGAGCAAUGCAGUUCCUGAAUUGCAGCUUAGAGUAAACGCAACCCCAGCACUGAGAAACACACACUCCACCUCCUGAAUCGAGUCCCCUCUUAAACUGAGCAAGGCAUUGUGACGUAGAUAAACAGAGUGAGGAACAGUUGACUGAAUGAGAUGACUAGGGUCGUACUGUAUGUGUCGGUCAACACAAAACUGAAAUACCUUGCAUUGUGUAUGUGUUUCAUGAGUUGAAGUCCUUUUGUAUAGUAUUGAACAGGCAUGCCCCUUUGUGUACAUAUGGUGCCUUUUUUAAAGGCAAUGAAUGUUUCAAAAUAAUAAAUAUUUGUUGCAAGAUUGUGGUCCCCCAACUUAGCAAACCAGUUAGUGUGUGAUUUUUGUUUUAAAGAAAUCCAACAAAAGGGACUAAGGCUUGGACUCUAAGGCAAUCCGUCUGAGCAUUGUCGACAAUGCGCUGUUUAAAGGCAAUGUUCCCAAGUUCGUGGAGAUGGCAUUUAUGGUAAAUGCUGCAUGUCGGCUCAAUCGAAAAUGGGCACAUUGUCGACAGCGUGUGAUUUUAACCAAAUCCCGCCAUAAGCUCGGGUGUAACACCAGUAUAUACAGUGCAUUCGUAAAGUAUUCAGACCCCAGAGUGGCUGCACAGCUAUUUUCAGGUCUCCAGAGAUGUUCGAUCGAGUUUAAGUCUGGGCUCUGGCUGGGCCACUCAAGGUCAUUCAGAGACUUGUCCUAAUGCCAUUUGAGCAUUAUCUUGGCUGGGUGCUUAGGGUCGUUAUCCUGUUGGAAUGUGAACCUUCGCCUCAGUCUGAGGUCCUAAGCGCUCUGGAGCAGGUUUUAAUCAAGACUCUCUCUGUACUUUGCUUCGUUAAUCUUUCCCUCGAUCCUGAUCCGAUCCAGUCCCUGCCGCUGAAAAACACCCCAACAGCAUGAUGCUGCCACCACCAUGCUUCACCGUAGGGAUGGUGCCUGGUUUCCUCCAUACGUGACGCUUGACAUUCAGGCCAAAGAGUUCAAUCUUGGUUUCAUCAGACCAGAGAAUCUUGUUCUCAUGGUCUGAGAGUCCUUUUAGGUGCCUUUCGGCAAACUCCAACUGGGCUGUCAUGUGCCUUUUUAAUGAGGAGUAGCUUCCGUCUGGCCACUCUCAUCAUAAAGGCCUGAUUGGUGGAGUGCUGCAUAGAUGAUUGUCCUUCUGGAAGGUUCUCCCAUCUCCCCAGAGGAACUCUGGAGCUCUGUCGGAGUGACCAUUGGGUUCUUGGUCACCUCCCUGACCAAGGCCCUUCCCCGAUUGCUCAGUUUGGCCAGCUCUAGGAAGAGGCUUGGUGGUUCCAAACUUCUUCCAUUUAAGAAUGAUGGAGGCCUCUGUGUUCUUGGGGACCUUCAAUGCUGCAGACAUGUGUUGGUACCUUUCCCCAGAUCUGUGCCUCGACACAAUCCUCUCUUGGAGCUCUAUGGACAAUUGCUUCGACCUCAUGGCUUGGUUGUUGCUCUGACUUGCACUGUCAACUGUGGGACCUUUAUAUAGUCUAAUCAAUUGAAUUUACCACAGGUGGACUCCAAGUUGUAGAAACAUCUUAAGGAUGAUCAAUGGAAACAGGAUGCACCUGAGCUCAAUUUUGAGUCUCAUAGGAAAGGGUAAAUAAGGUAUUUGUUUUUUAUUUUCAAUAAAUUUGCAUUAAAUAUUUUGAAUAAAUUUCUAAAAACCUGUUUUCCCUUUGUCAUUAUGGGGUAUUGUGGGUAGUUUAAUACAUUUUAGAAUAAGUUUGUAACGUAACAUUUGUAAAAAGGCAAGGGGGUCUGAAUACUUUCCAAAUGGACUGUGUGUGUAUAUAUAUAUAUAUAUAUAUAUAUAUAUAUAUAUAUAAACUCAGCAAAAACAGAAAUGUCUCUUUUUCAGGACCCUGUCAAAGAUAAUUAGUAAAAAUCCAAAUAACUUCACAGAUCUUCAUUGCAAAGGGUUUAAACACUGUUUCCCAUGCUUGUUCAAUGAACCAUAAACAAUUAAUGAACAUGCACCUGUGCAACGGUCGUUAAGACACGAACAACUUACAGACGGUAGGCAAUUAAGGUCACAGUUAUGAAAACCUAAGACACUAAAGAGGCCUUUCUAUGCACUCUGAAAAACACCAAAAGAAAGAUGCCCAGGGUCCCUGCUUAUCUGCGUGAACGUGCCUUAGACAUGAUGCAAGGAGGCAAUGUCCGUACUGCUGUCAUUAAGGCAAAGGGUGGCUACUUUGAAGAAUCUCGAAUAUAAAUAUAUUUUGAUUUGUUUAAUAAUUUUUUGGUUACUACAUGAUUCCAUAUGUGUUAUUUCAUAGUGUUGAUGUCUUCACUAUUAUUCUACAAUGUAGAAAAUAUUAAAAAUAAAGAAAAACCCUUGAACGAGUAGGCGUGUCUGUACUUUUGACUGGUACUAACUCAAAAAAAGAAAUGUCCUCUCACUGUCAACUUUGUUUAUUUUCAUAGUAAAAAUAUUAAAAAUAAAGAAAAACCAUAGAAUGAGUAGGUGGCCAAACUUUUGACUGGUACACUAAUAUAUAUUAGUGGGCGGCAGGUAGCCGAGUGGUUAGAGCGUUGGGCUAGUAACCGAAAGGUUGCUAGAUCGAAUCCCUGAGCUGACAAAGUAAAAAUCUGUCGUUUUGCCCCUGAGCAAGGGAGUUAACCCACUGUUCCUAGACUGUUGUUGUAAAUAAGAAUUUGUUCUUAACUGACUUGCCUAAUCAAAAAUAAAGGUAAAUAUAUAUAAUUAAGAGACCACUGCAAACACAUACUAUUUAUAGGUAUGUGUUUGGGUAAAAUGAACAUUUUUGUUUUAUUCUAUAAACUGACAUUUUCUCCCAAUUCCAAAUAAAAUAUUGUAAUUUAGAGCAUUUAUUUGCAUAAAAUUACUGGUCAAAAUAACAAAAAAGAUGGUGUUGUCAGACCUCGAAUAAUGCGAAGAAAAUAAGUUAAUAUUUAUUUUUAAACAACACAAUAUUAAUGUUUUAACUUAGGAAGAGUUCAGAAAUCAUUAUUUGGUGGAAUAACCCUGAUUUUCAAUCACAGCUUUCAUGCGUCUUAGCAUGCUCUCCACCAGUCUUUCACAUUGAUGUUGUGUGACUUUAUGCCACUCCUGGCGCAAAAAGCAGCUUGGCUUUGUUUUAUGGCUUUUAACCAUCUUCCUCUUGAUCACAUUCCAGAGGUUUUCAAUGGGGUUCAGGUCUGGAGAUCGGACUGGCCAUGACAGGGUCUUGAUCUGGUGGUCCUCCAUUCACACCUUGUGAACUUAAUUGCCUACCGUCUGUAAGCUGUUAGUGUCUUAACGACCGUUCCACAGGUGCAUGUUCAUUAAUUGUUUAUGGUUCAUUGAACAUGCAUGGGAAACAGUGUGUGAACCCUUUACAAUGAAGAUCUGUGAAGUUAUUUGGAUUUUUACAAAUGAUCUUUGAAAGACAGGGUCCUUAAGGGAUGUUUCUUUUUUUGCUGAGUGUGUGUGUGUGUGUGUAUAUACAUAUAAGAUCUUACUUUUGGAGAAAUGUCCUCUGGUCUGAUGAAACAAAAAUAACGAUGGCCAUAAUGACCAUCGUUAUGUUUGGAGGAAAAAGGGGGAUGCUUGCAAGCCGAAGAACACCAUCCCAACCAUGAAGCACGGGGGUGGCAGCGUCAUGUUUUGGGGGUGCUUUGCUGCAGGAGGGACUGGUGCACUUCACAAAAUAAAUGGGAGUCGGACUUGAGGAAGCAAAAUGAUGUGGAUAUAUUGAAGCAACAUCUCAAGACAUCAGUCAGGAAGUUAAAGCUUGGUCGCAAAUGAGUCUUCCAAAUGGACAAUGACCCAAAGCAUACUUCCAAAGUUGUGUCAAAAUGGCUAAAGGACAACCAAGUCAAGGUAUUGGAGUGGCCAUCACAAAGCCCUGACCUCAAUCCUAUAGAAAAUUUGUGGGCAGAACUGAAAAAGCGUGUGCGAGCAAGGAGGUCUACAAACCUGACUCAGUUACACCAGCUCUGUCAGGAGGAAUGGGCCAAAAUUCACCCAACUUAUUGUGCUAAGCUUGUGGAAGGCUACCCAAAACAUUUGACCCAAGUUAAACAAUUUAAAGGCAAUGCUACCAAAUACUAAUUGAGUGUAUGUAAACUUCUGACCCACUGGGAAUGUGAUGAAAGAAAUAAAAGCCGAAAUAAAUCACUCAA